AUGAAGUACACCGUCCGGCAAGAAUGGUUCCUUAUUUAUUUUGACGAUGCACGUCAGUCUCUUUCAACUGCAUACACAGCAAUGGCUGUGGAUAAUCAUGUACCCGAGAUACCUCUAGGUGCCCAUGAUAAGAGUGUGGAUACUUGGUCGGUGGACUAUUUGAUUACGUCAAUGAGAAACAAAAAUUCUAAACUUGACGAUUACGCGCAAAAACUUUACGCGGAUGUUGGCGGAUAA